CAUUAUUUUUGUGCUUGUCCAUUAGGUUCUUACUGUCCACUUGCAACACUCAAUAAAACCACUGGAGUAUGCGAUCCAUAUAGUUAUCAACUACCUCCAGGAAAGCUAGAUCAUCAAUGUGGUGGAGCAGAUAUUUGGGCUGAUGUUGUUAGCAGUUCUGAGGUAUUCUGUUCACCAGGAUCAUACUGUCCAACUACCAUCGAAAAAAUUCCUUGCAGCAGCGGACAUUACUGCAGGAUGGGUUCUACAUCUGAGAAGAAGUGCUUCAAGUUGACUUCUUGUGAAGCAAAAACUGCAAACCAAAACAUCCAUGCCUAUGGUGUCAUGCUUGUUGCUGUAUUGAGUGCUUUGCUACUCGUUAUCUAUAGCUGUUCUGAUCAAGUUAUCACUACUCGGGAAAAAAGACAUGCCAGAUCUCGUGAAGCUGCAGCAAGGAGUGCAAGAGAAACUGCACAAGCUCGUGAAAGGUGGAAGUCUGCAAAAGAUGUUGCUAAGAAGCAUGCAGUAGGAUUGCAAACACAGUUAUCACGUACGUUUUCUCGUAAAAAGUCUGUAAGGCAACCUGAGCAGCUGAAGGUCCCGGGUCAAGCUAAACCUGGAACAGAUGAGGCACUGUCAUCGUCAGGCCCAAGUACUUCAAGUACAUCUCAGCAAUCAACCAUGGCACCAAAAGGCAAGAAAAAGGAGCCAAGUAACCUGACAAAGAUGAUACGUGAGCUUGAGGAGAACCCUGACAGCCAGGAAGGUUUCAAUUUGGAAAUUGGAGACAAAAAUAUUAAAAAGCAUAUGCCAAAGGGCAAACAAAUGCAUACACAUAGCCAAAUUUUCAAGUAUGCAUAUGGUCAGCUUGAGAAAGAGAAAGCUAUGCAGCAGGAGAACAAGAAUUUGACCUUUUCAGGAGUAAUUUCAAUGGCCACUGAUACUGGGAUUAGAACCAGGCCUGUUAUUGAGGUUGCUUUCAAAGAUUUGACCCUCACUUUAAAAGGCAAAAACAGACAUCUCAUGAGGUGUGUUACAGGGAAACUUAUGCCUGGUCGUGUCUCUGCUGUCAUGGGUCCGUCAGGGGCUGGAAAAACCACAUUUCUUUCUGCUUUGGCUGGAAAAACAACUGGAUGCACAAUGACGGGUUUGAUUCUUAUAAAUGGAAAAGUUGAAUCCAUGCAUUCAUAUAAGAAAAUCAUUGGCUUUGUGCCACAAGAUGACAUUGUGCAUGGAAAUUUGACAGUGGAGGAGAACCUUUGGUUCAGUGCAAGUUGCAGGUUACCUGCUGACUUGUCAAAACCGGAUAAAGUUCUUGUUGUUGAAAGAGUGAUUGAGGCAUUGGGGCUACAGGCUGUAAGGGAUUCGCUUGUGGGAACAGUAGAGAAGAGAGGAAUUUCUGGAGGUCAAAGAAAACGAGUUAAUGUUGGGCUGGAAAUGGUCAUGGAACCUUCACUCUUAAUCUUAGAUGAACCUACAUCUGGUUUGGACAGUUCAUCAUCUCUAUUGCUUCUUAGAGCACUUAGGCGUGAGGCUCUUGAAGGGGUAAACAUCUCUAUGGUAGUUCACCAACCAAGCUAUACCUUGUUCAGGAUGUUUGAUGAUUUAAUACUUCUAGCCAAAGGUGGUCGUACUGUGUAUCAUGGAUCUGUGAAGAAAGUGGAGGAAUACUUUUCAGGCCUGGGGAUCCAUGUCCCUGACCGUGUUAAUCCUCCAGACCACUUCAUUGACAUUCUGGAGGGUAUUGUAAAGCCAAGCCCAGAUGUGGAUUAUAAUAAACAGCUUCCUGUCAGAUGGAUGCUUCACAAUGGAUACCCAGUACCGCCAGACAUGCAGGAGGAUGCUGGAAUUACAAUGUCCUCAGAAGGUGUUAAUCCAAACAAUGGAACAAAUCCUGUUGGAGGUGAAGGUGAAGAGCAGUCUUUUGCUGGAGAUCUAUGGCAGGAUGUGAAAUGUAAUGUUGAACUUAAGCGAGACCAUAUACAGCACAAUUUCUUAAAGUCUAAAGAUUUAUCCAAUCGAAUUACUCCUGGUGUGUACACACAAUACAAAUACUUUCUUGGAAGGGUUGGUAAGCAAAGAUUACGUGAAGCUAGAAUACAAGCAGUGGAUUUUUUGAUUUUAUUGCUUGCUGGUGCCUGCUUAGGAACACUUGCUAAAGUGAGUGAUGAAACCUUUGGGGCGCUCGGCUACACUUAUACUGUCAUUGCAGUUUCUCUCCUGUGCAAGAUUGCAGCUUUGAGAUCAUUUUCUCUGGACAAGUUGCACUAUUGGAGAGAGAGUGCAUCUGGCAUGAGCAGUCUAGCUUAUUUUCUCUCAAAAGAUACAAUUGACCAUUUCAAUACAAUUGUCAAACCUCUGGUUUAUCUCUCCAUGUUUUAUUUCUUUAACAAUCCACGAUCUUCCUUCCAGGAUAAUUACAUUGUUUUGUUCUUCCUUGUCUAUUGUGUGACUGGAAUAGCCUAUGCACUUGCUAUCUUCCUUGAACCUGGUCCAGCCCAACUGUGGUCAGUGCUUCUUCCGGUUGUUCUGACUCUUAUAGCAACUCAGGAUAAAAAAAAUGGAAUUAUGAAGACACUUUGUGACUUAUGCUACACAAAGUGGGCUUUGGAAGCAUUUGUGAUCGCAAAUGCUGAAAGGUAUUCUGGGGUGUGGCUGAUAACUCGAUGUGGUUCUCUUAUGAAAAGCGGGUAUGACCUUCAUGAUUGGGCUCUUUGUCUAAUUAUCCUUUUCCUCUAUGGUGUGGUUAGUCGUAUUAUAGCUUACUUUUGUAUGAUUACCUUCCAAAAGAAGUGAGUUAAAAUUAUCACUCUUUUGCCAAUUCUUUUUGUACAAAAGUGGAAAAGGUCAAGUUUUUGAGACUCCUGUAUGAUAUUAACUUUCCCAAGAAAUCCAUUCAUUCCCAGAAGAUCAUACCAAGUUUUCCUAACCAAGUUGGAACCAGUGGUUAAACAUGAUACAAUUAGAAUCAGUGGCUAAAGAUGACAGACAGAACUAUGUAAAGUACGUCAUUUUGACAAAUUGUGAUAUUGUAGCUUAGCAGAAGUUUUUUUUUUCAUUUUGGCACCUUGUGUUUAACUCUCAGCAAUUGCAUUUAUGUAUAUGUAUAAUUUUAAGCGGCCUUAAUUGAUAGGCAGGUAUGUAUGGGUUUGUAAUAAGUGAUAAUUGAUGUCAGUUUGUAACAGCUUGUAACGGCUUGUACCAAUCAAGUAUCAGCUUGUAAUGGUUGAGUAUGAGAUUGCAACAGUCGAGUAUGGUUUUUAAUGGUCAAGUGUGGGCUUAUAAUAAUGUGUAGUUUGUGUACCAAUUGAGUAUCGAUUUGUAAUGGUUUGGAAUUUUUUAUUUGUAAAAG